CACCAUUUUGAGGGGAGAAGUGGAAAAAAUGUGUCUCCGACGAGCAUCCUGCUUGGGCCCACGAGCCUCUCUUUUACCAAAAUACUUUUUCAGUCUGAGAAAAGGCUCCUUGUUUUUGUUUUUUAACUGGAAAACGAAACCUUACAAACGUGGCCGGACUGGCCGCCUAUCUCCUUCCCCCCGUUGGUCACUGGUCUGUCCCAAGAUGGAGGGCACGGCCCGGGGGCGCUGAGGCCUGAGCCGCGUGGGAGCGAGUGGGGUUCGGGACGCCGGGAGCGGCGGGGGGACAGCGCCAUGCCUCACAAGAAGAAAAAACCCUUCAUAGAGAAGAAGAAAGCAGUAACAUUUCACUUAGUGCACCGAAGUCAGAGGGAUCCUCUUGCUGCUGAUGAUACUGCACCCCAAAGAGUUCUGCUGCCCACACAGAAAGGGCAUGAGGAGCAAAGAAGGGAAGAGCAGCGCAAGUAUGGUGUCUUCUUUGAUGAUGACUAUGACUAUUUGCAGCACCUCAAAGAAGCCUCUGGUCCCUCUGAGCUUGUCCCAUCUGUGCGUGGACAGCAAAGCAGAAUUGUCAUCACAAGUGAGGGGCACAUAGAAGAUGAAAUUCAGAGAAUUUCAGCUCCAUCCAUUAAGUUGCCUUCCUCAGUCUUUGCCACAGAGUUUGAAGAGGAUGUGGGCUUGUUAAAUAAAGCUGCUCCUGUUUCAGGACCACGGCUAGAUUUUGAUCCAGAUAUUGUUGCAGCUCUUGAUGAUGAUUUUGACUUCGACAAUCCAGAAAAUAUCCUGGAAGAUGAUUUUGUUCUACAAGCAAAUAAACCACAGAAGCGGGGACCAGAUGCUGAGGAUGAGGAUGAAUGGGAAGAUAUGGAAGAUGAUAGUGAUGAAGAGGAUAGCUGCAGUACUGAUAAAGACUAUGAUUCAGAAGGUCCUUUGUCAGAUGAUGAGGUUAAUGGACCAACAAAGGAAUUCCUUUUUAUGCAAGAAGAAACCAGGAGUCGUUUCACCGAAUAUUCUAUGUCAUCUUCAGUAAUAAGACGAAAUGAGCAGUUAACCCUUUUGGAUGACAGAUUUGAGAAGUUUUAUGAACAAUUUGAUGAAGAUGAGAUUGGAGCCUUAGAUAACGUGGAGUUAGAAGGCUACAUUAACACAGACAAUGCUCGGUUGCAGGAAGUCCUGGAUGAUUACUACAAAGAGAAAGCAAAGAAUUGUGUGAAAAUGGAUGCUCUUGAACCCGAUGAAGAUUUGGACUCUCCUGCAAAUGAAGAAAGUGAGGAAGAAAAGGAAGAAAUAGUAACUGUAGUUAUUGAGGAGUCAAAAGAAAAGUGGGAUUGUGAAUCCAUUUUGAGUACCUAUUCAAACUUGUAUAAUCACCCAACACUUAUUAAAGAGCCAUCAAAGCCCAAGCCAAUAAAAAUUUCUCAGAAGACUGGAAUUCCCCUACACAUCUUGCCUCAGAGAGGUCUCACCGCUAAGCAGGUGGAACGCAUGCAAAUGAUAAAUGGCAGUGACCUGCCAAAAGCAUCGACACAGCCUCGUUCCAAAGCUGAGAGCAAAGAGGAUCGCAAAGCCAGAAAACAGGCAAUAAAAGAGGAGCGAAAGGAACGCAGAAUGGAGAAGAAAGCCAACAAGCUGGCCUUCAAACAGGAGAAAACAAGACAAGAGAAAGAGUUGCUCAAUCUGAAACAAAAUGUGCAAGGUCUGAAGCUGUCCUGAUGAAACUGUGGAGACAACCAUAAUUUUUCAUUUGUAUUGAGAAGGGAACUGCUAACUCACACUUCUGCCAGUCCUGCUCAAAGGGGGUUGUUCAAAUCUCACUGUAAUAAGAUCCUGUAACUUGUCACUUUUUCUGAAGUGAAAUUCUAUAUAAAAUAAUGUAUUGGCAGUAUCUAUUCUGUCAUGAGUGACAUGGCAACUGCUGCAAACUUUCAUUACAAUAGAAAUGUAUUAAAAUGAUGAAUAUUUUUCUUACAAGUUAUCACUGAACAGAGUUAUAUAUAUGUUUGUUGAAUGUAUUCAACAAAUCAGCAAAAUCCUACAGAUUUGAUCUGAUUAGAUUCUUCUAUUAAAUUAUUUCAGUUUACAAAA